AUGGAAUCUGACUUUGGUUUUGACGAAUACAUCAUUUCCAACACCUACACCGAUGUUCCCAAGCUCGAGUCCUAUGACGCGCAGCUAUAUCCUUCAGAUGGUAUGGGUUAUAUGUGCGAGCCUGUUACUGCUACGGCCACUGCAGCAGCAGCGUUGGGUGCGAUGCCUAUUCCUACGACCACUGGCACAGCCUUGGAUCAUCAUCAACAGCAUCAAGCCUUUUUACCUUCGAGCCCCGAUGAGUCGUCUUCAUCUUCUUGCUUGUCGGUGGUGCACUCUCCCCCUGUUACGACUCCCCCGCUUCUUUCAUGUUCUCCGACUACCACAGCAGCACCACCCGCUGGUCAAGUCAUCUCGGAAAAGCUGGCACAAGUGAACAAGCUACCAGAGUCAUUUUUGCCCGAGUUUCAUCAAUACUCGAAGGAGACGUAUGAGAAUGGUACUUCAAACAGCAAAAAGCGCAAACGACAUCAACGGGACGAUGAACAGGAUGGCUCUUCGGAUGAUUUGGAUAACAAUGGCAACGAUCCUGAAAGCGGUUUAUCAGCUGCAGAGAUGCGUCGUCAAAUCCAUAUUCAAUCCGAACAAAAAAGGCGUGCCCAGAUCAAGGAUGGGUUUGAUGAAUUACGACAACAUUUGCCUGGAUGUGGCAACAAAAAGAUGAGCAAAGCUACCUUGCUCCAUCGAACUGUCCAACACUUGACACAUCUCAAAAGUACACAAGCUGCAUUGCUAUCCGAACUUGAACGAUUAGUGCAUGAAAAUGAACAACUACGAAAGUUCCAAGAUUCGGUGCUGCAAAAGCAAGCUCUUGACCGAAUGUACCAAAUGGGCGCCAUGUAA